AUGAGUUUGCCGGUAUCAACGCAGUUCAUAGUUCCGGCAACAUUCCAGAGUACGACAGAGGGAGAGGUAGCUCCCAAACAUUUCUUAGAAUUCCUCAAUUCCCUCAUAGCAGGAGAGUUGAGUGAAGAUUUCAUUAGCGUUGUUCCCUCUUCCCACAAGGAAACAUGGACCGCUGUCCUCUCUGGCUUAUCGGAUGUCAUUUUGGGCCUAUUCCCGUAUGCUAGACCUGCGCUCUGGGAAAGCAUUCACGAAAGACUGGUUUUGACUGACAUCUCCUUGGACGUAAUUCAACGUGCAACGGACCGGAUCGAUUCAUUGUAUGUAGGUCUGGAGGAUAUCACAAAGAAGUUUUUCGUGCAGCUUCUUGGUCUCUGCCACUCAUCCGAAUCUUGGUUGGAUGUUCAAGUUCCCGAGAAAGAAGGGAUACCAAUACCUUCUACAUUACAUUCAAAAGCUAUUCAAGGGAUGAUCGUCUUCUUGCGGUCCCUAGGUGGAUCUGUGAAGACUACGGAGGGCUCUGGAAAACCACCAUGGAAAGUUCUGCGAGAUGUCAUAUCUGAAAGUCUCGACAUAUGUGAUGUCUUUCUCAGUGUUAUCGUUGAAAUCUUGAGCAGGGUUCUAAGCCCUCCAUUACUUUCACAAUGGUUCAUGAUGGAUCUGCUGCGGAGAACUGUAGUGCUUGCGCAAUCGGCUUUCAACUACUGCUUGUGUUGUCCCACUACCCCACAUAGGCGAUCUCGGAGCUUGGCACGGAUAAUUGAGUCAUCUCAUGUGCUUCUAGCGCAAUCACCUAGCUUUGAGGUUUCUCUUGAUGGUUUACCAUGUCGUUUAUUGCUAUGCGUUCUUGAAGAGGGGCCAAAUAGUGCUUGGGAAUCUUCCUAUGCUGCUCUUCGCAGUACUUUCGCGGCAUGCAAAGGUCUCAAGACUUCUCACAACGCUUCUGCUGUAUUGAGCAUUUUGCGCAGCGAACAUUGGGGAGAUCCAGGCUUUGAGCUACGUUUUUUAGGAUCCGAAUAUAUACGAAUUCGUUUACCCUCGUUCGAUCCAGCCACGCUGUCCAUGGCGAGGGACUUUUUCGAAGGGAACAAUGAUUAUGAUAACAAGAGCGCCUUAAUCAGGGAAAUCGAUAAAGCACUGCAGGCACCCUCCAAUCUAAGUGCAAAACCGGACAUAGCUGAUCAGAAUGCAAUAUCACUCUGGCGCAGGAAUGUGAGGGAGACUGUAGAAGAAUUGAUCGUCCCAGACGAUUUACAUUGGAUGGAUGUAGAUGAAGACUCCCCUGCGGUAUUAUAUGCCCAACGUGCAGCUGAUGAAAUCCAAAAAAGAUUUGAUGGGCCACUUCAUAUGACGGCGGGCCCAGCUCGGUUAUCGUUAGCAGAGAAAAUUUGUGAUUUCCCUGCUCUUCUCUCUCAAAACGAAGGGACAUACGGUCCACCACUUUCCACACUACCAUGUUUUAUGCCUAUCCUCACGCGACUGCUCGAUGGAUUAGAAGAGGAAAUUACAGGUCUUGUUCGUCGAAGAGUAUUCCUGGCGUUAGCCCAAGUUAUCAAAUACCACUCCCCCAAAUCAGAGAUGGUUAGUAUGACGAGUGCUUUAGAAAUGAUAUACCAUGGUCUUGCGGAGAAAGACAGAUAUGUAAGGCUCAGUGCUGGAUUACUCGAUGCACCUAAGGAUUCUGUCAAGGAAACAAUGCUAAUAUCUGUUGGGUUUAUUGGGCGAUCCACCAAGGCAGAAGGUUUAGAACAAGCGGUCUGCUGCUUGAUCUCUCAGUUAGCUAAACAAAACCCACUGCUUAGAGGCGUUGCUUACUUACAGGGACCAGGACAACCAAGCAAGGCACUGAAUUUUAUCCUGAAAAUUCUGUCCGACGCGGUUGUGAAUUUGAACAUCGACUCUUCUAGCAUAGAUGUUCAAAGUUUAGUCGGAAGCUGUAGACUUCCCUUGCUGACAGAGCUAGUAAUCGUCCUAGGAGACGAGAACGAGGAGAAUUCAGCAGCGGCAGUCCAAGCUCUCAAGAGAGUGGAGCGAUCGUUAUCUAAAUCUUCGAGGCCAGAACGCGCCUCCGCAGUAUCCACUCUAGCUCCUUUUUUGAAGGACCACAUGCUGGGAAUAAUAUCGGACAUGAAUGACACACUCCAGGACGUACUUGGAAAGAAAAGCAUUUCCGAAAAGCGGCAGAUUUUGCGAAGUAUAGGUGCCUUAAUUGGUCACAUAGGGCCAGCAAUCAACAGCGUCUCCCCACAGAUCAUGGCAAUGUUACAAACUAUGUUUCUCAUACCUGAACUGUCUGAAGUUACACUAGCAACUUGGUUUACGUUCUUAUCCACCUUGGAGCCCAACGAAGUCGGCCCUCAUGUCGGACCUACUAGUGCAUCGUUCAUUUCCUCAUGGUCAACUUUGUCUCCUUCUGGCCGUGACCUAGCCAGGAAGUCGUUGCAUUACAUUAUAUUCGACGUAGGGGAACGCUCGGGGAAACAUUUAGACGACAUUGUUGACUUACGCGCGAUUCCAGAGUUGUACGAGCUUCAUGAGAAGCUCCAAGACUCCCGUAAAUCGUGGCAACCGAAGUAUAGAUUACAGAAGAUUUUGGAUCGUUCAGGCAGUGACAAUCUGACGGUCGCAUUACAAUCACUUGGCGAACUCAAGUCCUUCAUGCUAAACGAAAGGCCCUUCGUUCAGAGUCUUGCUUCAGCCUGUCACGAUGGAGACGGGACGGAGAACUCGCAAUUGCUGGCGUUCGAAUGUAUAGGGAUUCUUGGAGCUGUUGACCCCGACAGAUGCGAAAUCGGUCUCAGUGAUACCAGGAUGGUCGUGCGCAGCAAUUUUACAGACGAAGGAGAAGCUGUCCUUUUUGCAUUGCACAUCAUCAAAGACGUCUUGGUGGGCGCAUUUCGGUCAACUAGCGACAUCCAAUACCAGAAUCACCUGGCGUACGCUAUACAAGAGUUGCUCCGAUUCUGCAAGUUUACGCCCGCCCUGGUAACCUCAGGCACUACGACAUCUGUCCCUAUGAAAGUUCGAAACCGAUGGAACAGUUUGCCCAAACAUGUCCUGGAAACCGUCACGCCAUUACUUGAAAGUCGUUAUUCAGUUCGCUUGAAGGAUUCGGAAGAGCCAAAACGACCCAUCUAUCCGAGCCCGCGACUUCCAACAUACCGAGAAUGGAUCCAAAAAUGGACAGAACACCUUCUAACAAGAGCUUCGGGGAAUACUGCUCAGAAGAUUUUCAGCGUUUUACGCUCAGCAGUUCGUAACAAAGAUGUGGGGGUGGCCCAUCAUCUCCUCCCUCAUUUGGUGUUGAAUAUUCUUCUCUCUGGAAGCGAGGAGGAUAAGCAAGAUAUCCUUUCAGAGUUGUUAGCUGUGCUGGAAGAUCAAGUUGCAUCUGAUAGUUGUUCAAGUCCAGACAAAAAGCUACUCAGCGCCCAGGCCGUCUUCAUGCUGCUGGAUCAUCUCAGUAAAUAUGUGCGGAUUCUUCGUCAAGAUAUUAGCUCCAAAAAGGUAGACAGCAAACGAGUUCGCACUCAGCACGUAAUGGUUGAAGGUGAAGAGCAACUGGUUCAAGUGGACUCAAUGUUGUCCAGCAUCAAUCAUGACCUAAUGGCGAAGGCUGCCUUACAAUGUAAAGCUUAUGCUCGUUCCCUGAUGAACUUCGAGCGCCAGAUCAUUGCAAUGCGAGAACGUCAAACGCCCAGUCGUAAGAACCAGAUUACUCCGUAUUAUGAGCGGCUGCAUGAGAUCUACGCCAAUCUCAACGAGCCAGAUGGCAUGGAAGGUGUUUCCACUCUUAUCCUGUCGCCUUCUUUGGAGCAUCAGAUUCGUCAACACGAGAGUACAGGACGUUGGACAUCAGCACAGAGUUGUUGGGAAGUACGACUUCAGCAAUCUCCAGAUAAUCUUGAUUUCCACCUAGGACUUCUUCGAUGCCUGAGAAAUCUGGGACAUUAUGAUUCGCUUCGUACUCAUGUACAGGGUGUUCUAACCCGCAAUCCGGCAUGGGAGUCAGAUUUGGCAGGAUUUCAAGCAGAAAGCGCUUGGAUGAUUGGAGCUUGGGAUGACGUUGAAAAAAUGGUCGAGAAUACUGGAAAUCAAACACCUUCUAUUGUUAAAGCUCGUGUGCUGCUAUCAAUGCGCACAGGAGACACUAUUGCUAUCAGCAAUUCUUUAUCACAGGCUCGUGUUGUUCUUGGUACUCCCAUCACUGCCUCUGGAGAACAGGGCUACAGGCGGUCUUAUGAUGCUGUGCUUGAUCUUCACCUCAUACAUGAGCUUGAAAUGAUCCAUGCAGCCAUGGAAAAGCUCCCAGCUAAUUCCCAGGAGCGUCGAUCAGUAGUACAGUCUCUUGGUCAAUCAUUGGCUACUCGAUUUAACUUCACACUUCCUAAUUUUCGCAUUCGUGAAUCCGUGUUAAGCAUGCGACGGACUGCUUUCUCGCUCAGUACAUCACCCCGAAAUGCCUUCACGCCAGAAAUUGGGCGUUCUUGGCUUGCUAGUGCCAAAAUUGCUCGUAAAGCAGGUCAAUGGCAUACAGCUUAUAGCGCUAUGCUACAAGCUCAGCAGAGCAAAGUAGAUUUUUCGUUUAUGGAGAGUGCGAAGCUCGUGAAAGCGACUGGAGAGCCCUUGCGAGCAUUGCAAGAGCUGGAAAACUCGAUGCGUUUGGUUGGCAUCAUCGAAGAUAAGAGUGACACAAUUGAUCUAACUGAAGACGAUGAUGAUACAAAAAGGAUGAAAGCCAAGAAUGCAGCUGACUUAUGGCCCAAGUGGGAGAGCGGAUUCUAUCAUCUGGGCCAGUUUCAUGAUCAAUGUUACAGAAAUUUGUCUACGCAAGACCAAGAGAAGCGAGGUAUCAAGAUGAACUUACACACAGUCCGAAACUUUGCAAAAGCAGUUGUAUACGGGUCGAAAUAUGUGUACCAGACAGUGCCUAGAUUACUCACCCUUUGGCUGGACAUGGGUGAACAUCCAAAGAUUCUGAAAACAGAUGUCUUUGGGAAAGUAAAUGCGACCGUCUCAAGCGCCAUCAAAACCAUACCAGUUUAUAAGUGGUUCACUGCGUUUCCACAAAUUGUUUCACGAGUCGGCCAUACUAACACAGAUGUCUACGCGGUACUUUCAAAGCUGAUUGCUCUCGUGAUACAAGAGUAUCCAAACCAAGCAUUGUGGUUGUUCACUUCUGUUGUGAAAUCAACCAAGCCCAACCGUGAACAGCGGGGCAAGGCCAUACUUGACCAGUUGAAGAGUAAUCCCGCCAAUACUAAAAACCAGGUGCCCGUACUAAUAACUCAAUGCGUCACCAUGACGGACGAGCUUCUCCGCCUGUGUAAUCACCAUAUUGAUGACGAUAGAAAAACUGUUAGCAUGAAGAAAGAGUUUCCUCGAUUGGCUGCUCUCGGUCGUUCCCCUCUACUCAUUCCUUUGCAAGAAUCUCUUACAGCAAAUCUUCCUCCAACCUCCUCGACUAGUCACUCUACCCAUAACCCUUUCCCUCCUGCUGCACCAACGUUCGACGAAUUCUUCGACGAGAUCGAAAUCAUGCGUUCGUUAGCCAAACCGAGGAAGAUCACGAUCCGAGGAAGCAACGGACAAAUAUACAUGUUCCUCGGAAAACCGAAAGAUGAUCUCCGUAAAGAUGCUCGACUGAUGGACUUUAAUGCUAUCCUCAACAAACUACUAAAGGCAAAUUCGGAAUCGCGUAGGCGACAACUUCAUAUUCGCACUUAUGGUGUGGUCACGCUAAACGAGGAAUGUGGAUUCAUUCAAUGGGUGCCAAAUACGAUCCCUGUUCGGCCCGUACUGGUCAAGUUUUACGACGCAAAACGCAUCAAAAGCUGGAAUGGGGAGCUAAGCGAUACGUUCAAGAAGAUCAAGGAAGCGCCUGAAAAGGAUGCUGCAAAUCUGUUCAUCACCAAGGUCCUGCCAGAGUUUCCCCCUGUGUUCCACGAGUGGUUCAUCGAGACGUUCCCAGAACCAACGGCUUGGCUAGCAAGCCGUCUAUCUUACGGAAGGACGGCAGCCGUGAUGUCUAUGGUCGGUUUUAUUUUAGGCCUUGGGGAUAGGCAUUGCGAAAACAUACUCUUGGAUACGAACACAGGAGAUGCUGUUCAUGUCGACUUCAAUUGUCUUUUUGAAAAGGUAGGCAACGAGAUGAAGUUCUGGUUUAUCCUCAAUUCAACGUUUUGCCAGGGAAAAACGUUGGAAACUCCAGAACGCGUUCCUUUCCGCCUCACACAGAACAUGAUCGAUGGGCUAGGCGUUACAGGGGUGGAAGGUGUUUUCCGUAAAGCAUGCGAAGUCACUUUGCAGCUUUUACGAGACAACAAGGAUUCUUUGAUGAGCGUUUUAGAUGCUUUCAUCCACGAUCCUUUGGUAGAAUGGGAGGAUGAAAAACGUAAGAUGGAACGAGAUAGGCGAAACGCUGUAAAAUCAACCACUGAUUUGCGUCAUUUGGCCAAAAAUGCGCUGAAUCCCAUCGAGAAAAAGCUAAAGGGCAUUUAUUCUACCAGCAAGGAAAGACACGAAAAAGAAAUCUCCACAAGUAACCUUGUUCAAAUGCUCAUCCAAGAAGCAACCGACAGUGCGAACUUGGCCAAAAUGUAUCCAGGGUGGGCUGCAUGGCACUGAUCAAUGAGGUUGUAUACAUAUCCUGAAAAAGCUGUAAAUCUGUACAUCUCCCUUAUACUGUAUGAUCAAGAAGCUUGCAACUGUUUAUGUAGCCGUUCUAGCUCUUUUUCUCGUCCGAUGAGGAUGCCUCUCCAGCGCUCCUGUUCCGCCACAAUGGUCUUUCUCGCAGUUUCGAGUCUCUCCGCUUCCUCUUUCUCCAUGAGAGCAUUAAACUCUGGGACGCCACCUCUACUUGCCUCGAGGGAGGCCAUAUUAGAAGUAUGAAAGGGAACUGGCUUCCGCUUUGUUUUAGGGAGAGGUGUGGGUGGGUGGGUAGUGAGAAUGUUGAGGAACGACUGAAAAGGGUCGCUGAAAACAAUCUCGUCGUAUUGCCAAGAGUGAACGGGACCUAGUUUGACGGCGGUUUCGAGACUUGGGAUUUCUGGAUCGCCAGUGACUGUCCAGGGAUGUAGUUUGAGGUGGUGGUAAAAACUGAUGGCCUUUUCU